AUGGCGACGGCCGCCUCGCCAACUUCCCUUUCCGCCCACCAACUCAACGACCCGCCAGCCAUUCUCCCCAUCCCGCCCGCCCCAUCCCGCCUCCCAUUCUCCCUUUCCCGCCUCCCCCAUCUCCACUCCGCGUCUCGCGUUAGUGACUCCGAAACUCCCCCGUUCUGCCUCUCUGUUGCCCUUUCCAACCACCCUCCUGCCUGCCUUAAUACCCCCUUCCAACCUCGGCUUUCCCUCAGCCUGCCUCCUAAUAUCCUUUUCCAACCUCCCCAUCUCCCCUUCCUGCCACCCCAUCGCCAUGCCCUAACCUGCACGCUCCUCCCCUCCCCCACCGCUGCUUCAACUGCUGCUGACGGCUACCACCCCUCAGCAAGUGAUGGCCGGGUGAAGUGUAGGGGAGACGUCCAGCCUUUCCCUUCGCAUUCUCCCUUUCCCUUCCAGCCCAUUUGUUCCGCCUCUAUCCAUGCCGCCCUUCUCCCGCCCUUCCGUUGCUUCCCUUCCCCUACAGCCCCACACUUUGUGGCCUUUUCUUCCUGCCUUUUUACAUCACCUGCUGCCAUUACCUUCAUCGCCUUCCCAACCCGCCCUUCCCUUCCCGCUCAUACCUUCCCUGCCCUAACCAUCCCUGCACUUCCCUUCCUUCCCGCCGCUUCCUGCACUUUCCUUUUCUGCCCUCCGCUUCAUGCCCUUCCCUUCCUUCCCUCACAGCCCGCCAUGGCGCUCGCCUGCUCUCGAGCGUUCCUCUCGUGCAAGCCGCAUCAACUCGUUGUUUCAAUCCCCGCACCGCGGCCCGCAUCAUCCUCCGCAAGUCGUGUAGCUGCUGGCGGCGCAACAAAGCCACGGUCAUGCGGUCUGCGGAGAGGAGCGGGUCACCGCUCCCCCGCAGCCGCACAACCCGCUGUCUGGACCGCCGCACCUGAAGCCGCCGUCUUAGCGCGUACCUCAGAGAAUCGCCCAAUCAAAGGGGAAAGAAUCAGUCAACGCGCGACCAGCAAGCUCGAAGCGCGGUGGCAGAGAUGGUGCGGACGGGAUGGGGAGGGUGCAGCAGCGGCGCGGACUAUGCGUAGUGGCAGGCAGUGGGACAGCCCCGCAUGGCCGCAUGGGGUGCGCGGGGAUGUAGCGUAUGGGGGGGGCGGUAUGGCGCAUGUGAUGCGCGGGCGGUCACCAUGUUGCGCGCCAUCCCUGUCUGCUGCACGCCUCGCGCAUUCCGUGUCCACGCCUGCCGGUGUGGAUAGUGGCGACGAUAGCACCCUUGGCGUCAGCAGCAGUGGUGGUGGCGAUAGUGAGGCCGAGGCGUCUGAUCCAUGGGUGGACGGCGUGCAGGUGGGGGGGGAUGGGGGGGCGGAGAGGAGUGGGGUCGCGCGGGGUGGUGGAGUGUGUGGGGGAGUAGAGCAGCGCGCAGCAGGGCGGUUGACGGGCGGGCAGAGUGCAAUCCAUGACGGCGCUGCAAGGCAUGAUAGCCGUGAUGCGCGGAUUCAUUCUGGGAACGCUGGGGACAUGAAGGGGGAGAGGGAAGAGCAAGAAGAGGAGGAGGAGGAGGAGGAGGAGGAGGAGGAGGAGGAGGAGGAGGAGGAGGAGGAGGAGGAGGAGGAGGAGGAGGAGGAGGAGGAGGCAGCGGUGAGGGACAGAGAGUGGAUGAGGGAGGCAGUGGAAGAGGCACGGAAGGCAGCAGCGGAGGGGGAGGUGCCAGUGGGAGCGGUCAUGGUGAUGGACGGUGGCGCCCUUGUUGCCCGCGCACACAACCUCAGCGAGGCCAGUGGGGACCCCACGGCCCAUGCGGAGAUGCUGUGCAUCCGAGCGGCAUGCACCCACCUCGCCCACUGGCGCCAACUGCAGCACUGCACACUAUACGUGAGCCUAGAGCCGUGCCCCAUGUGUGCGGGGGCUAUUCUGCAGGCGAGGGUGGGGCGCCUCGUGUGGGGCGCUCCCAACCCGCUGCUGGGGGCUGAUGGCAGCUGGAUCAGCUUGUUCCCGCCACGCCCUUCAGCACACGGCUCUCCCUCUCACCGCCUGCCACCCGGAUCUGCUCCCGCACAGGGCACACCUGGCCGGCGCAGCCGCAGAAGGGGGAGGAGGACAGACGGCGAGGCGGGGGGGAGCGAGGAGGAGAGUGGGGCGCGUGGAGCGGUGGAGAGCGAGGACGGGUCCGGGGAAGGGGCUGUGAAGGAAGGGGGCGUGGAAGCUGGUGGGGAUAGAAGCCAAGGGGUGGUGAGGAAUGAGGUGGUAGGAAAGAGUGAUGAGAAGGGAGGAGGAGGUGAUAUGGCACAAGGUGGGGAGUGUGUGAGAAGCAACGGUGCGGACAGGGGCGAUGACAGCCAGGCCGAUGAAAGAGGAGAGGAAAAGAGCCUGGGCUCUGGGCGUGUGGAGGUAGAAGGGCUGGACAAGGCAAGGGGGAGUGCGGCGUUGAUGGGUGAGGGCCAGAGGGCGUUGGAUCACCCGGGUGUGGGAAAGGGAGGGCCGGUGCACCCAUUCCAUCCGCACGUGCGCGUGACAGGGGGCGUGCUCGGGGAAGAGUGUGCGGAGGUGAUGAGGGAGUUCUUCAGGGCCAGGCGCAAGCAGCAGGCCGAGGAGAGAAGGGAGCGCAAGGCAAGGGAAGGGCUUGCGGGAAGUUGA